UGCAUGUAUUUUGUGAUGCCAGUGAGCAUGCUUAUGUUGCGGUAGCUUAUUGGCGCCUACUUUUUGCUGAUAAUCAAAUUCAACUUUCAUUCAUAUGUAGCAAAUCAAAAGUUUCACCUUUAGCCCCUACAACGAUUUCUCGCUUAGAAUUACAAGCUGCUAUGGUUGCUGCUCGCUUAGCUUCAUCAAUAUGUGAAGCUCACAAGUACAAGCCAGUGCGCAGGUUUUUUUGGACGGACUCAAAGAAUGUUCUUGCUUGGCUACGAAGUGACGCGCGGUCAUAUCUUCCUUUUGUUGCGCACCGCCUGGCAGAUAUUUUGGAGCUUUCCACCAUUGAUGAGUGGCGUUGGGUUCCAACUGUGUUGAAUGUCGCUGACGAUGCCACCCGUCCUAACUCAAAUACUCCCCUUCCUAACAGUAGAUGGAUUGAAGGUCCAGAGUUCUUGAAAGCCCCGUCUAGUGACUGGCCUGUUGAAAUUUCUACCAGUGGGCACUUUAACACUGACGAGCUAAAACCAAGCGCUAGAAUUAACCUCAUUAACGUAGGUCAUAUUUCAACCACAUCCAUUAUUCCAUCUGUCAUACCUUUGUGUGCGGAUCCGUUCCGCUUCAGCCAAUGGCUGCGUUUGCUCCGCUCUACAGCGCGCGCGCAUUUGUACAUCAGGAGCUUGAAAGGUAGAGCUAGUGUGUGCGCCUCAACCUCCCACGCUCCUGGCUCUGUUAGCUCUACUAAACUUAUGCCGCUGUCUGCCGAUGAUAUGUACAUCGCCCGGUCUCACAUCUUUCUCCAGGCCCAAGUGGACUCCUUUCAAGAAGAAAUGGCUGCUAUACGCCAAGGUUUGCCAAUUCCUCGGCAAAGCAAGCUGAAAAAGCUUCAUGUGGUCCUUGGGGAGGACGGCCUACUGAGACUCUCAGGGCGUGUGGGAGCAAUUACCGGCGUGCCAGAUGCAAUGAAUUUUCCUAUUAUCUUGGAUGGAACUCAUCAAGCCGUGCGACUACUAAUUGAGCACGAGCACCGUCGACUAGCCCAUGGCAAUAAUGAAACCGUCGUGAACGAGCUACGCCAGGAGUUUUUCAUCUUAAACCUUAGAAGCACCGUCAGAUCUGUGGGGCACAGGUGUCAAUUUUGCCGUAUCAGGAAAGCAACCGCUGUGAUUCCUCCUAUGGGAAAUCUACCUGCUUCCCGUCUAACCCACCAUUGUCGUCCUUUCACGUGUGUUGGACUAGAUUACUUCGGCCCCGUCCAGGUGACGAUUGGCAGGCGGCACGAAAAACGGUAUGUCGCCUUGUUUACGUGCCUGACGACCCGGGCAGUUCAUUUGGAAGUUGUGCACGAUCUGUCAACUGACGCCGCGAUAAUGGCUUUACGUCGGUUUGUAGCCCGUCGAGGCACGCCUAAGGAGAUCUGGUCGGAUAAUGGAACUAGCUUUGUUGGAGCGACGAAAUUCCUUCGCGAGCUCUACGGUCCAAAAUUGAACGACUUCACUGUGAACAACGGAAUAGAAUGGCGUUUCAUACCGCCUUCGGCGCCCUCAAUGGGCGGAGCUUGGGAGCGCUUAGUGCGUUCCGUUAAAACGGCCCUUAAAGUGAUCCUCAAGGACAGAGCCCCUAAAGAACCGAUAUUCACCACCCUUCUCGUUGAGGCGGAGGCAAUCGUGAAUUCAAGGCCACUAACGCACGUUUCGGUUGGACAAGAAGGUAACGAAGCUCUCACACCAUUUCAUUUUCUGAUCGGGACUUCCUCAACGGGAAACCAUCAUGUUGGCGCCGUCCCUCAAGACUUGUAUGGUAGAACCGCUUGGAGGAAGACUGUGAGACUGGCGGAUCUCUUUUGGCAGAGGUGGCUGAAAGAAUACCUUCCAACCCUCGUUCCUCGGCGCAGCGGCAGCGAGGUUGAAGGAACCCCUCUCAGUGUGGGUGACCUCGUCCUUAUUGUUGACGGGAAUUUGCCGCGGGGAACUUGGCCCAGAGGUCGAGUAAAGAAACUGUUUCCGGGUGGAGAUAACGUUGUUAGAGUGGCCGAGGUCUCCACAGCGGGAGGGGUGUUACGAAGACCGUUAAGAAAACUUGUUCGGUUGCCUGUCUGAAGGCCGUUGUAUAUACAUAUGUACAUCCCAUUUUAAGGCCGGUCGUAUCAAUCUCUCCCGCUCUCACUCCUUUCCUUUGAUACUCGUAUUCUAUCAUUGUUGAGAGAGAGGGAGAGAUGUUACGAACGGCCUCCUUUUAAGUCUAUGUUUUUAUAAUUUUAU